AUGGCUCCUUGGAGGCCGGCAUCCGCGGCGUCGCCGUACCGGCACGCCGUCUCCCCCGCGCGCUCGCACGUCUCCACCGAAUCGUCCGACCCGUACCGUCUCUCCGAGAGCGCCACGCGAACGUCGAACGACGCGUACGGAGACUACCACGAGAUUGAGAAGAUUAUGCGGCGAGAGCGACAGGAGAACGACCGGAUGCAGGCGCAGAAAGCGGAGCUGAAGGAGGCCGAGCGCCGAGCGUUCGUCGCGGAGAGACGCGCGGAGGCGGCGGAGCGCGCCGCGGCGGAGCGCGCGCGCGAGGCCGACGCCGAGGUCGCCGUCGCCGAGGAGGUGGCGACGCAGGCGGUGGUGGCCAAUCGCGACGCGCGGCGCGCGCUCGAGGCGGCGCGCGCGGAGGUGGAGGGAUACCGCCAGACGCUCUCCGAGAUGGGCACCCCGCCCGCAUCGCCCCUGAGCGCGCGGUCGAUCCGCGCAUCCCCGCACGCCUCGCCCCACCGCCCCGACGACGCCGCGAUCCCCCACCAACCCGCGUCGCCCGUGCAGCCCGCCAAGAUCGCCGAGCUCGUCAACGCCCUCGCGCAGGCGGACGCCAAGGCCGAGCGCCACCGGGUCAUCGCCGACGGCCUGCGCGUGGACCUCGACGCCGCGGCGGCGGCCCUCGACGUGGAGCGCGGGGCGAGACUCGCCGCGGAGACACAGCUGGCGGCGCACGAGCAAAAGCGAAUGGACGCCAUCGAGCGCUUGCUUCGACGCGCGAAGGACGGCGCCGCGCUGCGGUCCGACGUUGCGACGCCCACGCGGGCGUCGCGGGACAUCAUCGCCGGGGCGCUCACGCCGAACGAUUCGCACGACGUCGCCUCCGCCGCCGCCGCCGCGCCCGCCGCGCCCGCGCUGACCAGGGCGGAGGAAGAUCUCGUCGCGCUGGAACGAGAACACGCCAUCGAGCUGGACCACCUUCGGAAGCAGCUCAUGAAGAGCAAGGCGGAGACGGACGCGACGCGAAGGGCGUUGGACGCCGCGCGCGCCGCCGAGGAGGCUGCCGUGCUCGAGCGGGACGCCGCCGCGAUGGCCGGCGCCGUCGCCGAGCGAGAUCUGGCGCUGCUGGAACGGGGUCGGGUGGGACGGGAGGGCCGACGCGCGCUCCGACGGGUUCUGGAGGAACUGGACGCCAUCGAGCGACGGUCCGCGGGGAUAUACAAGGUGGCCGCGUCCGCGAUAGACCUGAACCGUCGGAUGUGCGAGGCCAUCGAGGCGAUGCCCGUUCGAUCCGGACGAUGGCUCGGCAACGGGUCGUCGGACGAUGACGAGGACGCGAACGAAGGAGACCCGGUCGGGUUCGCCGCCGUCGACGAGGGAGUGGAGCGAACGUGGCGCGUGGGCAGGGACGUCCUGCAGGAGGCGUGGCACCACACCCGAGGGGAGAUGCGUACGCUCAGGCGGGAGGCGCGGACGCUCGGCGCGCAGCUGGAGAGGGCGGCGUUGGCGGAGGUGCGAGCCGUGGCGACGGCGAGCAUGUACCGGUCCCACGAUUCGCGACUCUCCUCCGAUUUCGACAAGGGAUUCGCGGUGGGUAACAGACUGGCGGCCAUCGAGGUGAACCGUCGCGACGGUAGAUCCGGUCCGGACUCGGCGAGGUCGUCGUGGGAGAGCCGCACGUUCGCGCCGGCGACGACGAAGACUCGUUCUCGUCCGGAGACGGCCGCUCGGAGAUCGAACGAGGUUCGGACAUCGGAAGAGGUUCGAAGGUCGGCGGAGGUUCGGAGGUCCGUCAGCAGGGACAGGCUUCACUCCCGCGCGUCCAGCGCCCGAAGCAGCGCCGCGACGAGCAUCGCCCUCGAGUCCCACCGGCGCGGACGGACGACGACGCAUCGUCCGGGCUCGUCGCGCACGGCUGCGCGAUCGCCGUCGGCGUCGCCCGCGCGGAUGGGAAGCGUUCGGUCCAGCGCCGUCGGAUCGAUCGCGUCCGCGGGGUUCCAAAGUCAAUCGCAAAGUCCGUCGUCGUUCGGGGGCGCCGGUGCGACGCGAAGGAGCCGGUCGGUGCCUCGAGGAGGCGGUGCGAUGUCCUCCAGCGCCGAUCGAUCGGGACGAUCGCCCGCGGCGAAGAGGCGGGUAUUUCCGGAAUCGCCCGGUCGGUCGGUCGGUCGCGCGAGGAGCGCCAGCGCCGGACGGACCGUGCCGAUCGCGUCCCCCGUCGCCGCGUACAUUCGCGGCGAGGCGCCCGCGAACGCUCGCCCCGAACCCAGGCGACGGGGACUCACCGCCGGGGACUACUCGGACGCGUCGAGGUCGAAAUCUCCGGGGUCCGGCAAGGAGCGGCUCAAGAACGUGAUUCUCCGCCGGGGACCCGCGGGCGAACCCAGGCCGAGGGACGGCAAGACGCCGUCGCAGAGGCUCGCGGAGAUACAGGCGCAGAGGCGCAUACCCGCGCCGUCCAAGGGGAAGACCGGGAGGGGGCUGGCGACGAGCGCCCGGCCGUCGUCGGCGCCGGGAACGAGGGACUCUUCGGAGAGCAGGUUCGCCAAGUCGCCGGCGCGAUCGCCCGCGAAGUACCUGCGGAAGGGCGGCGCGUACGAGGUGGCGUCGAGGUACAAGUCGCCGAAGGGGAAGGUGGACUUGAUGCCCGCUCACAGGCACAGGUCACCGCGCAAGCCGCAGGGACGAUACGCGCUUUAG